AUGAUGAAUGAUGUUGGAAAAAAUGCUACUUCUGAAGGCUAUUUUAUUCUACUGGGAUUUUCAAAAUGGCCUCAGCUGGAAAUAGGUCUCUUUGUGGUCAUCUUAAUCUUCUACUUGAUGACACUGAUAGGCAACUUGUUCAUUAUCCUCCUAUCAUGUCUGGACACUCAUCUCCACACUCCCAUGUACUUCUUCCUCUCAAACCUCUCUGUUCUGGAUCUUUGCUACACCACCAGCUCCAUCCCCCAGUUGCUGUUCAAUCUCCAGGGCCCAGACAAGACCAUUUCUUAUACUGGCUGCAUGAUUCAGCUCUACUUUGUCCUUGCUCUGGGCAGCACGGAGUGUGUGCUGCUGGUGGUGAUGUCCUACGACCGCUAUGCAGCUGUGUGCAAACCCUUGCAUUACACUGUCAUCAUGAACCCUCGCUUCUGCCAAUUACUGGCUGUGGCCUCCUGGGUAAGUGGCUUUGCUGCAUCAGCACUGCAUUCUUCCUUUACCUUCUGGGUGCCCUUGUGUGGACAUCAUCAAGUGGAUAACUUCUUCUGUGAAGUCCCAGCAUUGCUACAAUUAUCAUGUAUCGAUACCCACGUGAAUGAGCUGACUCUCAUGGUCAUGAGCUCGGUUUUUGUCGUCGUACCUCUCCUCCUCAUUCUGACUUCCUAUGGUGCCAUCGCCCGGGCUGUACUGAGGAUGCAAUCAAGCACUGGACUUCAGAAAGUGUUUGGGACAUGUGGAGCCCAUCUCAUGGUGGUGUCCCUCUUUUUUAUUCCAGUCAUGUGUAUCUAUCUCCAGCCUCCAACUGAAAACUCCCAAGACAAAGGCAAGUUCAUUGCCCUGUUUUACACAGUUGUCACACCUAGCCUCAACCCUCUCAUCUACACCCUCAGAAACAAAGAUGUGAGAGGGGCAGUAAGGAGGUUAAUAGGGUAUAAGAGUGCGACAUGA